GUAGCUACUUGCGUCAUUACGCUUACGCAAUGUUGUGCCAAAUCUGGAGGGAAAAAAUCAAGCAGCAUAGUUUUAUCUGUCUAAUAAAUGAAGUCAGCGGAGGAAACACAGAUUCGGAGGUUCGUUUCUGGACAACUCCGUGAUUGUCCUGACCUAAGCACAUUGACUCUUGGCAUCUUAAGAGGGCGGUAUUUGGCAUGUGUUGUCCGGGACUCACUAAACCAGGAGGACAGACAGUUGAUGAAGAGAGUGGUAGAGGAGGAACUGCUGAGGAUGCAGGUAAAGAUGUUUGACAGUGACAGCAGUGACAAUGAAGCCAUUAGCCACGUUACCCCGACGCCUCUCCACAACAAACGGAAGAGGGGUGAGGAGGAGAAAGGAGGCAGGACCAAAGCAGAUGGAUCCAAGGCAAAGAGAUCUCGGCUUCAGUCGGCCCAAUCAGAUUCCCCAGAUUCUGGACUCGAGAGAGUGGGAAAUGGAGAAAGGCAGAUGGCGGAAGAAGAGGAGGGGAAGGACAUGGGAAGUGUUGAGCAAGUUUCCCAAAUCGGCACCAAGAAAAACAAAGGGGGACACAAAGGAGUACACGAUGGUGGGAAGACUGAAACUAGCUCAGAAAGUGAUGUUGAGAUCAAAACGGUGAAUCGGAGGAAGAGAGAAAAUGACUCCCAAAUUGGCACCAAGAAAAACAAAGGGGGACACAAAGGAGUACACGAUGGUGGGAAGACUGAAAUUAGCUCAGAAAGUGAUGUUGAGAUCAAAACGGUGAAUCGGAGGAAGAGAGAACAUGACUCUGAAGUCGAGGAAGAAGAUUUUGAGGAGAACAAAAAGAGGAAACGAGAUGAAACCCACAAACAGGAAAAGGACAAAGUCAAUUCAGAAAGUGACUCUGAAGAGGAUAAAAAAAGAGCGGGAGUAAAAGAAAAUGUGAAAGUGAAAGUGCAGAGCAAGUGUUUGAAAAGGAGGGAGAGAGAACCAUUGCAGAGAAGAGAAAGAGUGCAGGUUGUUGGGAGUGACUCGGAGCACAAUGGAGAGGCUGAAGUAAUGGCGCAGAAAGGGGUAAAAAUACAAAGAAAUGACAACGACUCCAGGUCAAAGAGUGAGGGAGAAAAGAAUGACGGUGCAUCUUCAGAGGAAGCCAGCGGGGGAGAGGAUGAAACCGAAGAAGUGAUGGCUAAGACGAAGGAUGAGCCAGCCCAAGACUCUGACUCUGGCUCAUCCCUCCCAUCAUUGGAGGACGAACAGGAAAGUGAGGUCAGGCCAGAACAGGUGAAAAAGAGGAAGUCUGUGGCGAAGCGGCCAUUAAAGGGUGAGAGCAGUGAGAGUGGAUCCAAAGGUGGAAAGGACAACAGGGCGGUAGCCAAGCUGAGGCGUUACAUUGCCCUCUGUGGUGUGAGACGGAACUACAAGAAGCUCCUGGAUGGCUGCUGCUCCAUCAAGUCAAAGGUGGCUGUGCUGAAGAGGGAGCUUGAAGAACUGGGUGUCAAGGGCCAGCCUUCUAUAGAGAAGUGUAAGAAAGCCAGACUUAAGAGAGAGGAGGCUCAGGAGUUGGCAGACCUAGAUGUCUGCAACAUCAUAACUACACAAGGUCGUCCAAAGCGGAGAGGGGUGUCCAAAUGGCAGCAACAGUCCUCCCCUCCAUCCUCUGCUUAUAAGCGUGUAGUCAACUCAAGCUCAGACAGUGAAGAGGACAGUCACGCAGGUAGGGGGCGCAAGAGAGCCACAGACUGGAGUAAUCUGCAGGGGAUCAUCAGUGAUGACGCAGACAGCAACUGACAGGCUUUGCUCUUCUGGUCAGGAGGAUCAAGUUGCCUCCAGACUAGAAGUCUUCACAGGUCCAAAAAGUUGGACCGGUACCGAAAUGGACCUUGGGCUUUCCCACCCGGACCCGAUAUGCAUAAAACAUUCUAGACCCGUUCCUGGUUGCUCCACACCCGAUCCGAAUGAGAAAAGCAACAGAAAAGUAUUAUUUUUUAAAGCUACUUUAUUCUGGAAACGAACGCGACCGGGUAUUUGGGUACAGAUGGGUCCGUGAAGACCUUCACUUUUGCAUUUUCCUCUACACUAUGGAAGCUUAGUUGCUGGUUGUUUUACUGCCCAUUUUAGCUUAAUGUUGUCUGUAUGGUUCUCAGAUACACAUGAUUAAGGCCUAGAUUCAAUCAGACCAGCAAUGGCAAACACUUGCAUAGCAGAUGUUUUGGUGGUGUCAGAGAUGGAACUGUGUUUGUGCUGUCAAAUCUGUGAGCAGCUGCUGUUGCAGUCAUUGUCACAAAGCCACUGGUAUUAAAGUUCACAAUGAGGAAGUGUCGGCUAUAUAGAAAUAAUUGCACUCAAAAUCAUUAACGAAAUAAUGAGGAUUUCUAUCAUCCUAAUCGAGGUGUAGAUUACAUCUCACAUUCCAGUGUUCGAACUUGUAAACCAGGCGAAUGGGAUUUCUGUUAUGAGCGACUCCGUGCAGCCAAUGGCAAAGUCCACAUUAGGUGUAAUGCUUGGAGCCACUUGUGGAUUUGACAGCUUUAAAACAGUUCGACCUCUGACACCACUUGCUUUCUAAAGCGGAUCUGAUUGAAUAGAGCCCUAAAUCAGUUUCUUCCCUCAUUAAAACACUUAGUUGUAGGCUAAACAAACCUUUGCAAUAUAACAUUUUGCCUUAAUUGCCAAGUACAAAGAAAAAAGGUAAAUUAUUGUAUAUAGGUACGCAAAUAUGACUUUUCCUUCUAUUGCCGUAGUUUGAGACACGUUAGGUUAGCUGUUGAGUCAAGUGUGUGAUUUAUAUUACUAUUAGUGCUGUGUUCCAUUUAAGUCAUGAUUCAAUAAAGCUGUAGAUAUGUAUAAAUGGUAA